AUGUCGGGCCCGCCCGCGCCGCUGCUGCCGCUGCUGCUGUUGGGGCUGCUGGUGGCGGGCGGCGGCGGGGACCAGCCCCGCUACGAGCCCACCUGGGGCUCGCUGGACGCCCGGCCGCUGCCCGCUUGGUUUGACGAGGCGAAGUUUGGCGUUUUCAUCCACUGGGGCGUGUUCUCGGUGCCCAGCUUCGGCAGCGAGUGGUUCUGGUGGUACUGGCAGAAAGAAAAGAGAGAGCCCUAUGUGAAAUUUAUGCAGGCAAAUUACCCACCUGAGUUCAGUUAUGAAGAUUUUGGGCCACUGUUUAAAGCAGAAUUCUUUGAUCCCAACCAGUGGGCAGAUAUUCUGAAGGCUUCUGGUGCAAAAUACGUUGUCUUAACUUCAAAACAUCAUGAAGGCUUUACUUUGUGGGGGUCCAAAUAUUCUUGGAACUGGAACGCUGUUGACGUGGGACCAAAACGAGAUCUUGUGGCUGAACUGGCAACAUCUGUUAGAAACAGGACUGACUUGCGUUUUGGGUUAUAUCAUUCCCUGUUUGAGUGGUUUAAUCCUCUCUUCCUUGAAGAUGCCACCAACGUCUUUAAGACAAGAAAGUUUCCAACCAGUAAAUCGUUACCAGAACUGUAUGAAAUUGUGACCAAGUACCGACCGGAAAUAAUUUGGUCUGAUGGGGAUGGAAACGCACCAGAUGUUUACUGGAACAGCACUGGUUUCUUGGCUUGGCUGUAUAAUGACAGUCCAGUGCGGGACACGGUAGUGACCAAUGACCGCUGGGGAGUUGGCAGCAUCUGUAGGCACGGUGGCUUCUACACAUGCAGUGACCGGUAUAACCCUGGACACCUCCUGCCCCACAAGUGGGAGAACUGUAUGACCAUCGACAAGAAGUCCUGGGGGUACAGGAGGGACGCACGGCUGGACGACUACCUCACAAUCGAGGACUUGGUCAAGCAACUGGUGGAAACAGUGUCUUGCGGAGGGAAUCUCCUGAUGAACAUCGGGCCCACUCACGACGGCCGCGUCGCGGUUGUGUUUGAGGAACGCCUGAGGCAGAUGGGUGCCUGGCUCAACGUCAACGGAGGAGCCAUCUAUGGAACAAGGCCGUGGAGAGCACAGAACGACACGGUCACACCAGACGUGUGGUACACUUCCAGCCCUAAAGAAGGCAGAGUCAAUGCCAUCUUCCUCAACUGGCCACUCUCUGGGACGCUGGAACUUGGUGAGCCACGGGCUAAGCUUGGAGAAACACAGGUGAAGCUGGUUGGCUACGAGGAACAGCUGAAAUGGGUCGCACUGGGAGAAAAGGGAAUCCUAAUAACUCUACCUCAAUUAACUCUGAAGCAACUGCCGUGUCAGUGGGGCUGGACUUUGCAUCUGACUGGCAUAAACUGAGCCACGCGCUGCUGGAGCCCUGGCUGGUAGGAAACAUGGAUGUUUUGCCCAGUUUCUGGGAGUUACUGGUUUCUAACUCUUGCUUGACUGAGAAACAGCAAUAAUUUUGCUUUUUUUUGCUGUGAGGUGGGCUGGUAUUAAAGAAUGGAACGGGAUCACCCUCACGUGAAAUCUAGCACUGGGUAGUUGAAUCUCAGCCUACAACUUGUUUCUUUGAACUUGGGUGAAAACUGAGCAUCCACCUUGAGCUCUUCACAGUUUUAGUGGGUUUCUUGCAAAGUUAGUGAAGAACUGGGAGAGGGGGGAGGGAAAACAGGCACUAAAUUUUCAAAGCCCUGAGAAAGAACAAAGCCAGCUCAGGGCAGCGUGCAGUAGAUCAGACAGCAAAUGCGCUGAGGUCAGUUGUAAACCUUCUUUAAGGUAAGAAAUCUUAACUUCCACAAAACUGUACAGUUUUAGAGAAAAGAAUAAAUUUUUUCCAGGUGUGUGCAACAGCUGGCAGUUUCAACAGCCAGGUGUCUGCAAGAAUAAUCCUUGCAGAUUAGGGUUAGGAAUUAAAUAAAUGCAUAGAGGCAAAGCAUAUGUACAUCUUCUUUCUUAUGAAAAUCAUUAAUUUUACUAUUGUUGAGUAAUUCUUAACCAUGGUUGGGAUACAAGUAAAGAGUAAGGGGUUUUUUUGCUGUUUUGUGUAAUUUUACACGGUUAAGGCUGACUCUUGUUUACAGCCAUUGUUUUUAGAGUUACCAAGGUGCCUUCUGUGGACUAUUAAACAAAACAAAUGCUUCAAUGAC